AUGGGUGUGCAUAAGGUUUACUUGGAGAAACUCGCACUCUUCUUCCAGAUUCGUAACCUGUUGUUCCGACAGGCUCUGGCCGAGUGUCUGGGCACCCUCAUCCUUGUGAUGUUUGGCACGGGCGCAGUGGCACAGCAGGUGUUGAGUGGCGGUACUCAUGGGAUGUUUCUCACAGUCAACUUUGCCUUUGGGUUCGCUGCUACCUUAGGCAUCCUGGUCUGCGGACAGAUUUCAGGUGGGCAUCUUAAUCCUGCUGUGACGUUUGCCCUCUGUCUACUUGGGCGAGAGCGAUGGAGAAAGUUUCCCACGUUCUUCCUCUUCCAAACGAUCGGUGCUUUCUUUGGCGCGGCCAUUAUUUUUGGCAUGUACUAUGAUGCUUUGUGGGACUUCCCUGGAUGUUUCAACAUGACUGGAACCUCGGAAACAGCUAGUAUCUUUGCCACUUACCCAGGGAAACAUCUGACGAUAGUGAAUGGGUUUUUUGACCAGGUUAUCGGUACAGCCGCCCUUAUAGUCUGUAUAUUGGCUAUAGUGGAUCCAUACAACAAUCCCAUUCCACAAGGACUAGAGGCCUUCACUGUGGGCUUUGUGGUUCUGGUCAUUGGACUCUCUAUGGGAUUUAACUCUGGUUAUGCAGUCAACCCUGCCAGAGACUUUGGACCCCGUGUUUUCUCUGCAAUGGCUGGUUGGGGAGGUGAUGUGUUCACUUUCCGGAAUGGGUGGUUCCUGGUUCCCCUGUGCGUCCCGUUUAUUGGCAGUGUGGUCGGAGUAAUGGUGUAUCAGCUAAUGGUGGGCUUCCAUGUGGAGGGUGAGGUGCGAGAUCGUAAAGCUGCAGCGCAAGAGAAGGAGAGAGUCCGGCUGACGAAUGUGACCACCAACAAUGACCACAGCAAAGAGAAUAACAAGGAAAUGCAGUAA